CGGCGAGCCUUCGGAAUUUGGCAUCCUCUUUGCUAGUCUUCUUGAGCUCUAUGCCUACGCCAAUGCCUAUAGCCAGAUGUCCUCAGGGAAGCUUUUGCCGCCUAAUGGUGUCUUUUUGAAUUUACCACUUAUUGGUAAUCUACCGGCACGUUUUUCAUCUUCAUUACCCAGUGAUUUAGCCAGAAAUUCACUUUCUGGCCGUUCAAGUCCCUCCUCGCCCUGCUCUGAUUGGCUCGCGGUUAUAUUUUAUCACUCAGACCGACUGUUGCCUCUGUUUCUCGCAAAUCUCUUACGUCAGCCAGGGCUGGCGGCCAAUAUGCUCAGAAAUGGUUGGUUAAAUUACCUUAAAAAUCAAGAGGACUCAAUCUCUGAAGAGAACAAAAAUCAACAGCAAACAUGUAGCCUACCUUUGGACUCUGGGACAAUGCUAGGUUACGGCUUUCUCCUAGGCCUAGAUCAAGCUGUUGAUCAACCCGCCUCUGGACUUGUUCUCCUCAACGAUCUAGUUUAUUGGUUAUCAGCAAUCCAGCUAAGGUAG